AUGAUGAAACAAAAACAUAUAGUAGCUACAGAGUUAACUUCUAAAAUUGAAAGUAUGCAAAGUUAAAUAGCUUAAUUAAAGGUGAAUUUAAAUUAUUUAAUAUAAUUAAAUGAUGAUAGCUUGGAUCUUUUAAAUUUACAAGCUCUGUUUCUGGAAAAUUUGAGCUUUUCAGAAAAAGAUAUAAAUUUAAUACAAACCAAUAAAUACAAAAAAAAAAGCUAUAACUAAAAAUAUUUAAACAGACAAAAUGAAGAUGAAAUAUUAAGUUCUAUGAUUAACAGUGAUAAAUUUGAUGAAAAAACUUGUAUAAUUUUUGCAAGUUACAAAGAUACUGAAACUUUAACAAUAAGUCAAGUUUCUUCUAAUUUUUCUAAUUUAUUUUGCUUUACAAGCAGAGACCAUAUCUAUGAUAAAAAUAUUGAAUCUAUUAUACCUCUUGCAUUUCAGAGUGUACAUAAAAUGUAUAUAAAACAAUAUUUAGAAGAUUCAAUAACAUGUGACAUUUCAAAUAAUACAGAUCAGCAAUUAGAAUAAAGUAAAUAAGACCAUGAAAAUGACGAAAAUGUAGUAACUACAAUUAAUUUGAGAUAAGGUUACUAAUUUAAUUAACCUAAAUACUUAUCAGAAAAUUAAAGUGGAACAAAAAAUUAAAACUAUGAAUUAUAAAAUUGUAAAAUGAAUUAAUAGAUAAUAUUUGCUUCUCUCAACUAAAUGUUCAUCUUACCUAUUAAAAUAGAUAUUAGAACAAACGAAUACAAAGAAAAUGGAACAUUUGGAUUGGUAGCUAAAAUAAAACAAAUAAAUGAAGAAUACUAAUAUAUUCUAUUCAAUGAGACAGAUUUAAGUGUUAUUGGUCUCACUCAAUAAAUGCACGAAAUAUUCUUUCCUAAUUGUAACAAUCUCUAAAAAAUUAAUUUGAGAUAAAUUUUCCCCUUUUUGAUUGGAACUUAAAAUAAAACAAAAAUUGAAGAUUCACAUAUUUAAUAUAAAGAAACGACUUGCAACAAUAAUAAUACAAAAAAAUAGUUACAUUAGGCAGAUGAAACAAACAACGCUCUAAACACUCCUUAUAGAAGUACUAAAAUAUUAAAUAAAGCUAAAUCAUAUAAAGAUAUUUUAUCAUAUAGUUUUAAUUAUGUAGAAUUAUUUGUUCGAAAAAUAAAAUAUCAUGGAGUAAAUAAUGUAAGUUAUGUUGAAAUAGUAAAAAUAAAAUAGCUUAAUCCAUCUAGUUAAGCUCAAAUCAUCCUUCAAGAAAUAACUAAUCUUCAAUAUAGCUCUAGAAAUUUGAAUUAAGGUAAUUAAUUACUAUAAAUAAAAUAAAAUGAUACUCCUAUUGACUUUACAUAAGCUGAUUUUUAAAAAGUAUAAUAACUACUUGGUGAUGAAAGUACAAAUAUUGAAUAAAUUAAAAUGGCCUCAAAUAGAAUAGAAUACAAUGAUUUUAAUUGUUUAUCAGAUGCAACUAGUAGAUUUACCUUAAACUAAUUCAGAGAAUAAAAAGCAUUAUAAAACUUGAAUGAAAAACUGCAACUUAAUUAGUUGUCUUAGCUGCAAAGUAAUAUUGCAUAAGAACAAGUAUUUAUUUAGUCAUUUUAGGAAAACUAAAUAAGCAGCAGCGAUUUAUAAAUGAAAGUGGAUUUUGCUAAUAAAUAAUUGGAUCAUUAGAACCUUACAGAAGAUUAACUAAACAAAAGCAGCACUUGUACCAUACCUAUUCCUUAAAAAUCAAAUAAAGCAAUUAACAUAGAAUUAGUCUCUCCAAAUAACAGUUUCUACAUGAAAAAUUGUUCUAAUCAAUAAUCAUUAGCUCAACUAUCAGAUUAGAAUUUAGAUGCUCUACAAAUAAAAUCACAUGAAUUUAUUUUAAAUAAAAUUAAAGAAAAUGCUUAUUUAGAUGUAGAAAACAGUAAUGAAGAAAUUAAUAAAAAAUGUAAUAAUGCAAUCAUUCCUUUAAAAAUUAGCAUAAACCCUAGCAAAAUUUUUAAGUCAAAUAGCUUUAGAAAAAAUAAAAUCAACAAUACAUUAAAUGAUGAUUUAAAUGACAAAGAGAAAAAAAAAUUGAUGAGAAACUCUUAUUAGUACAAUAAUAUUAACUAGAUAUAAAAACAAAAAAAAAAGGAGUAAGUUCAAGAUAUGAUUUACGAUAUUGCUUCUAGUACCUCCCAAAAUUCAUAUUAUACUCCAGUCAAGAGAUAACUAACACAAAUUAUGGAAGAUUCAUCAACCCUAAAAGUUAUAAAACUAAUAAAAAUUAUUGGAAUCAUUUGUUUAGCUGUCAUGGUAGGCAUCACUUGGUUACAAUUUAACUCAAUGAAUGAGUUUCUGUUGGAAGCUAAUUAAGACUACAAAGAUUUUGGUUGGCCAACAACUUAUUCUUGUUCUCUAAGUGAUAUCCUUAAAUAUAAAAAUAUUUAAUUUCUUACAAAUUAUACAAGAGUAGUUUUCACUGACAGUAACUAAAAGGAAUUAUUUUAUAAUCAGACACAAUAAAAUAUGGAGAAUACUUUCUCAAAUGUAUUAAGAUUGUUAGUUUAAAUGGAAAAUGCUAACUCAAAUAGAGAAGUAUUUAAUAGAGUAAUAGAAAAUAAAAUGAAUUUUUACUUUGGGUAAUUAUACAAUCCUGCAUAGCUUAACUCAACUACAUCUGACAGUACUGAUUUAGUAUAUUAAAAUUAUACUAGUACCUUAGAAUAUAGCGUAAUUUUAAAUGUUCAAAAUAUCUUCCGUUAUAUCAACAACAUGGGUAAUGGAAGGCCUGAGUAUUACUUAAUAUAAAAUUAAUUAGAAGCAAUUUCUUAAUUAAAAGAUUUAUAAGAGCAUAUAAAAGAAAGCCAAUCAUAAAAAUAGGAAUAUAUUCAAGAUUAACUCUAUAUCAUAAUCAUGAUUUUAGUUUUAAUUAACACAUGUUGCGUUGCCAUCAUAAUACCAUUAUAUCUUUAUAUUUAAAAAGAAAGAGACUCUAUAAUUUACCUAUUUACUACAUUUCCAAUUUAAAAGUUAGAUAAUUUGAUCAAAAAAAUAUAAAAUUCCUACUUUAGCACAAACACUAGCUCAAUUUAUUAGAAUUAAAACAACUAAAUAAUUAUAGAUACACUUUUAUAAUUAUAAGACAUCGAUAAUGAAAAAAAUAUAAGAAAGCAUAGUAUUAGCUCAAUCACAAGUCUCCCUAGAUAUAAUAAAAAAUUAUAUUUUGCUUGUUUCCUUAUUUAUUCAUUAAUAAUAUGCUAUCCAAUAAUUGUUCAAAUCUUAAGUGCUGAUUAUUUAACAAAAUCUGCUUUAGAUCUUUAAACAAUAUCUAAAGUCUACUAGCUAAGAUCAUACCUAUUGUAGAAUAUUGCGAUGCAUUUUAAUGUUUUAUUAAUGAAGGCAAGACCAAGAUUCAAGCCUAUGAAGCCUGAAAUUUAUUAUGAUUAUUUAUAUACACUACUUUAAUAAUAGGAAGAUAUAAGUUAGGAUAUAUAAUGGAUAAUAAACUCAUAGUAUUCAGAUUAAAGGUAUUUUAUUUUAUUCAAACCUACAGAUUAGUUUCAUUAAAAUAAAUGA